AAGCGUCUCGUUCUCUCGCCUUUGAGCAAAGUGCCUGGGCCCGCGAUCGCCGCCACUACCCGACUUGUUUUGAUUUAUCACGAGUUCACUCGGAAUCGACGACGCUGGAUCCACGCACUACACAUGCAGUAUGGGCCUGUUGUGCGCAUCGCUCCAAAUGAGGUAUCCAUGGCGACUUGGGACGCCGCGAAAGAGAUCUAUGUGUCGGGAGGCAGCGGCUAUGAUAAAACAUCGUUGUAUAAACUAUUCGACAGCUACGAGACAGAGUAUGUC